CUCUCCUGCUCCCUCCGGCAGAGUUUCAAAAAUGCAGAUCCACCUGCUCCUCUGCCCCUAAUUUCUGGUUCAGGGGGCCUGGGAAUUGACACUUUAACAAAAUCCAAUCAGCAAGCCUCAAAUAGAGAUACAUUUGGGUACAAGAUACUGUUAAAAUCAUUCAUGAUGCUUCUUAAAGAACAAUAAGGCAAAUUUUAUUCAAUAGGAUUUUGCAGCAGGGGAAAAGAUUGGGCUCAACCACUGCAAGGAAAAGUGGCAGGGCUGGCGUCAGUGGAUGCAUGAUUAAGAGGAAACAUCAGGGGUAAGGGGGAUUCUGGCCAAACUGACCUAACAGGAUUCUUGCGGAGGGCAGGCGGCGGGGGUGGGGGAAUCAGGCAUCACCUGGGAGCUGGUGGCAGCUGAAAAUCAGAUAUGGAGGGUGGGUGGACGCUGGCUAAACCAACUUGGCAGUAUUCUUGCUAAAAACGGACAAUGUGGAGUCCAAGCGACAGGGCCUAGUUGAGAGUUCAGAGGAGCCUGACCUGAGUUUGGUCAAGGAGUGGGUUUGUCAGGACCCGGGACAGCGGGGCCGGCCUCUGAUCAGCUGGGGUGUCCUGGCUCCUUGGCCCGGGGCGCAGAUCACGCGAGCUGCCGGCAGGGGGCGCGCCCGCGCCUCUGCGCAGGCCGGUGGUCGGGAGCCGGAAGCGCAGGGACGCGGCGGAGCCGGGGGGCGGGUUACCGUGCGCGCGGGGCAGGCUUCCGGCCCGCGGGGAUCUGAGCUCCCUAAACCGCCCAGAAUCCAUCUCCCGGACGCUCCCCGGCAGCCAAGAAGGGGGUGGGGGCCCGGAGGCAGGAAGCCCGGGCCGGAGGAGCGCCGGGAACGCGGGGGUCCGGUAGCCUGCGAGGCCCCGCGUGGAUGUUCGGCGUCUCCCCUCCUCCUGCAGGAAUUAAAGCUGAGACUCCCAUUCAGUGCAAACAGACCUGUCAUUCCUGGUGUGAUGUGCUGUCCUGAAGUCACAGAGCUUGGGCCCUGGCUCCUCUUGUGACAGACUAAGGAGAUGGAAGCCUUAAAAUCUGAAAAUAAAAAGAGAGUCCUUCCCACAUGGAUGACAGCCCAGGGGGCUGAAAAGAAGACCACCAAGAGGAGGAGAGCGGACCUGGUGCCCACGGCGGCAGCAAGACUUCCUGCCACGAGGACGGUGUACUGCAUGAAUGAAGCUGAGAUGGUAGACGUCGCUCUGGGGAUCCUGAUUGAGCGCGUUAAGGAAGCGCAAGCCCAUCUGCUUUGCCUGCCGUUUCUCCUACUCAGCAGGGCCGAAAACAGGAAGAGCCGUGGGAGCAGCCGCCCCUGGCCGGCGCUGAUAAGCCAGCGCGCUCCCCGGCCAGCUCGGCGCCGCCGGCACCGCGUCCCCCCGGGACCAGGAGUGAGGACGAGGAGGACACCCCUGCGCCGGGCCCCCGCCCUCCCCCGGGGCCCGCGGGCUCUGACCCGCCCGCAGCCCGAGCCCCGAGCAGGACCACGAUGCGUUAAAAUACGUCCGGAGAUAUUUUUCAGCUGAGGAACAAACGUCCAGGACUCUCUGCUCAGAGCGGCCGGGGCAGAGUCCCCCCCCGGCGCAGAAGCCCCAGGACACUUGAGGCCUUGGGAAGUGAGGAGUCAGACUGAGCUCCCGCUAGGGUUCCUUCCCACGCCCUGCGCAAGCCUAGCUCCCAGGGCCCGGGACCCCAGCCGUCUGUCUCAUUGUCACCUGCUUCCAGGGAAAUGAGGUCGUGAUAGUCAAACAUACUGGACCCAAAGCGUCACCUUCAUUGUGUUCAGAGAAGAACAAGGGUGGCUGCGAAGUCCACCAGGAUUCCCACGCCCGGUCUCCUGGAGGAGGAAGCCUAUUUUAAAACGAGCUUCCACCCCGAGGCCGUCAAUCCAGCUCCCAGCCCUCACUGGUCCAGCCCUGAAUCUGACCUCCAGCAGCAGAGCUGGGCUUCCUCUGGGAACCUGAGGCUCUGUGUCCAGCUGGGAAGCCUCCUGACUGGUCAGACAGGCCUCCUCCCCGGAGCUGCCACCUUUCUCCCCCUUGGUGGCCUGGGCCUUGACCCCCGGGGAGAUUGGGACAGGAGCCCAAAGGAGACAACAAAGACAAGCCAUCACGCCGGAGUGUUUUGGCCUCUGUAUUCAGUGCAGCUUUUGACAGGCAUAGAAUGAGGCGACCACUUGCUGUCUAGGUUUUCAAUACAUGGGUGCUAAAAAAUACACAGAAUCCCCCCGUGG